CCAGCAAUGGUCGUGUGGGAGCUGGCGGUGCUGGUGUUGAGAGUACUGUGCGUCACGCCGGCCGUCACCGUGAUCUGAGCAGCCAUGGAGCACAAGGGCCUCGACCCCACCAACGUAUACUGAGCGUCCCUCCACCGGGCUCCUCGCUCAUCUUCCCACUAGCCCUCAACACUGCUUACUGACUGAGGCUCUUGCAGCCUCUUGUCUCGCACUGGUCACCACCACGUCACCAUCUAGUUACCUUCACCACACGCAGCUACACGCUCCAUUUACCAUGAGUUUCGCUCUGGAUCCCCUCGACCCCACGGGUAUAUACUGAUGGAGGAGCGGACAGUCCCGUCCCAGCCAUGGCCUUGCGCACGUCCCCUGCGCUCUUGGCCCUCCUGGCUUCCUAUGCCUUACUGGCUUGCCCCUCCCUGGCCCUCCUCCCGAUCCUCCACGAUAGCAACAUCGUGGACGAGAACAACCUGGCGGAGGGGAUGCCCCAACCACUGUCCCUCAGCAACGCCGUGCACCUCUUCCAGCGACUUCAGCAGGAGAGGCAGAACGGCGACAUGGAGGACAUUAUGGACCAGCACGGAGACCCCAGGCUCAUAGGCAUCACCGACGGCGGCCUCUACAGGGGCGAUCUGGUGGUUUACCUUCCAGUCACAUUCCUUCUUCCGACGUUCGCCUACCGAUCUCGUUACUCAAUGGCCGGGAAGAAGGAAUCUGAUUGGCUGAGUUUCCUUUGGGGCAAGAGUCACUCCAGGUCAUACGGUGGCAGUGGAGGCGCCCCGGCGGACAUCCGAGGCCCAGUCGACCAGCUCCUGAGCAACAAAGUGCGUUACGAGCCCAGCUUACCUGAAUACCAGAACAACGGUGACUACGGGCCGUUACUCUCUCGCCUAGACGCUUACUUCCACUACCUGAGGGUCUACGACGAUGACUGCCGCAUGAGAACCAUCUGCCAGCUGGCCCGCGACCCCGCAACCUACACGCCACUCUCCUACCUUGUGCUCUCCGCCCUCAAGAAGAGUGAGUCACUGUCCCGUCCUGCUUUCCAUAGCCACGCAGUGUUCAGGUUCUUCCGCUACUACUGGGCGGCGGAGCGCGGGGCUGCGGGGGAGGACUGCCGCCUCACCUACUACCGCUGUCCAGCACACCUCGAGGACGUGGUCAACAUGAGCGUCCUGAGCUUCUGGCAGCGCCUCGCCUCGCUCGUGUCCAUCAAACUGAGUGACGAGUGAUGUGGUUGCCGGCACGCCUCUCCUGCACCUGGAUCUCGCCUCCAGUCCGGUGACUUAUUGGAUUUUUGUAAUCUGAGGUGCUUUUAAGGUGCCUAGUAGACGUCGAAAAUUACUCUUACUCUUUGCCGAUGUCACAAGUCCCCGCUAGACGCUCCUGGUGUCUCUAGAAGCCCGAGGUAAUGUCUUCGGUUUACGUUAAGCAAAUAUCGUUCUUCCCGUCGGUGUCUGAAGUGGUCUGCGGCGUGGGCGUUGCCGCGUCCUGGUCUGCGGUGCCACGGUGGCGCCGGUCCCCAUGGUGCUCCUCUAUGAAGUCUCCCGAAGCUACCAGAAUGUUACCAGUCACUCGCUAGUGCCUGGAGGGAGCGGGCGGGUGAGCCGGGCCCCCCGCCCCCCCACCACCACAACUUGUUACCAGCUACCAAUCGCUGUUCUCUCCCUCCCCCUUCUCCCCUCUCUCCCCUACAUCCACCCCCUGCCCCCACAGCCUAUAGUUUCUUUAGGGUUCCUGCCCCAGUCAGAACAGAUCAGCUUAGCCACGGCUGAACCCUAGUUAUGUUUCCAAGCCCCGGCGGCCCGGAUUAUAUAUAUAGAGAUAUUUUUAUUUUUAAUGGCUCCAGGCCCUCCCUCCGACCCCGGGAGGACCCCUGAGCCCAUCCUGGAUCUCCCCCACCCGGAGAGGUGUUCCCUUUGUGACGUGUUAACCUGUGAUAUAUUAGUUAAUUUUUUUCGCUGUGUCUGAGCCGCCUGUAGCUGCUGGCUUGCCAGGCCCCUGACCCACCGACCUGACUCGCUGUGAUGACCUCAUGUGACUCCUAAAUCUCAAAAAAAAAAAAAAAAAUCUCCAAGUAUCUGGAGAAAAAAAUGGUAUCCAAUGUGUCACUCAAUUAAAUGACUGGUAUCCAAUGACCGUUUGACGUACUUUGAAAUUAGUGGAUUUCAAUCUCCCCUCUCAUCACAGUGACCUUUGAUCAUCUGACCUUAUUGCCUCCCUGGUGACCUUACGCACUGACCUAAUUUUCUGGUACUGCUCCCGUGUGACCUGCAUCUGACCUCAGGGUGCCAGCACGGCACUGCGCAAUGAAAGGACGCCCGCGACACAGCCCAUGACUGGCCCUGACCCUUGACCUCGCCCCGUGUGCCAGCAAUGACUUUACUGCAGUCACCCUGGAGAGGUCAUGCUGUUAGUGGACUUACUCAAUUAUGCAACUGACAUGCGACUGACUGACUGACAUUGACUGACUAACGGCUCGAUCUCUCCUGACCUUCACUGACUGAUCAAGAAUAAUCGACAUAAUGUCACAUCACGGUCCGUAUUCGUAAACGUUUCGGUGUUUGAUCUACUUAGACCAGUUUUAACAAGCUGUAGUGGAAGUUACUAGAGUUUUCAAGGAUUUUCUUAUGAUGCUAGUGAUGAUUUAACACUGCUUAUGUACUACCAGAGGGUUAAAAAACAUCGAUAAUAACCUAACCAAUAAUCUCUUUGAAUACAAUCCUCAUGAGCGAAUGGUGCGUUUAAGAAUACGGAUCCAUGUCUAAAUGAGAUGACUGACUGACUAACGAACGGACUGACUGACUGACUGACUGGCUGACUGACCGACUGACUGAGUGACAGGUUACUACAUACUGUAUGGUGACGUUUACCAAAGAUUGAUAUUUUCAGAUGACUCGCAGCAUAACAGACUGUUCUAACCUCCAUGAUACUAACCAGAGACUAUGAUACAUGUUCCUAGCUUACCACCAAAUAACUCAAGCAAUGACGUGAGUUGGCUGUAAAAUAUACGCAGUAACUUCAACACUGAAGGAAGCCUCGCCAAUGACUGAACGCUGCCAAGACUGAAUGACUGACUGACUUCUGACUAGAAACACUCACACUCCAUUGACUUAAAGCCAAACCAUAUUAUCGACAAGCAGGAGUGAGUGAACGAGGGACUUCAUUGACUGAUUUCGUAACACUGCCUGACUGGUUAACCCUGCUAGUGACCUUUCCUGACCUUAUCACGCCACGCCACACCUCGCUGAUCUGACAUAAGGCACACAUGACGCCAGACAACCACCUCCUCCAGCGACCCCGAUGAAUGUGUGUGUGUGUGUGUGUGUGUGUGUGUGUGUGUGUGUGUGUGUGUGUGUGUGUGUGUGUGUGUGUGUGUGUGUGUGUGUGAUCUUUUAACCUUUCAUUGUUUCGACACGUGACCUCAGUAUACGAUUUUGUAAUUAAUGACUGGAAUUGCACAAAAUUAUAAUAUUUGAGAGAGAGAGAGAGAGAGAGAGAGAGAGAGAGAGAGAGAGAGAGAGAGAGAGAGAGAGAGAGAGAGAGAGAGAGAGAGAGACUAUAGUAAAUGCCAUGACUUGACGAUGAUCCUACUGAUAAAUACUAGACAGCUGACACGGCUGACUGAUUCACACACACCAUUCACGACUACUGCUUAAGACUAAGAUUCCCCCCCAGAAAUGCACGGACAGCACUAUCCUAUAGAAUACGUGAGCCAAUCACCACACCACCUCAUUAGUUCCUGAGAGAGUCAAGACUUGUGAGCUUACUCUUUCUAGUACCCAUUCAGAAUCGCAUAAUGGUUAUGAGAUUUUAAUAGACUUGGCUGACUUGACUGACUAACUGAAUGACUGCAUUGAAGCUGACUGAACCUGGACACCUCCUGGGCAACCAUUCUGGACUCAGUUAAGACCAAGCGCGAGACUCACCGACCUUCACUGAUUUGUAAUGGUGUGCGAGAAAAAGAAGAACCAUUUGGUGAGGUAAAUGACGACUUACAUAAUUUGAUUGACGGAGAAUAAUGACAAGGGGACUGUCUAUAGUACGAUGUUGACAGUAUGAUGUGACUGGCCAUAGCAAACACCUCACUGGACCUCUCUCUGACUUACUAUAUAUUUAAAUAGUACUGUAAAGUGAAUUAUGAGGGUGUGUACAAAUGUUUUUUUUUUCUCUCAUUUUACUGAUUGGACAGCACUCAUGUUAUAAGGUAUGACUGAUGUAUGACUGAAUGGGUGACUACGUUCAGUUCAGCCACUUUGUACUGCUGUAGCCGCACCUGCUCUCUUUCCGUUCUACUGAAUGAUCAAACAGUGUACAAACUUAAAGUAACAGACAAGUUUAUAUAACAGAGACUUUGUUUAUAUGAUAUAGAACUGAUUCCAAAUAUAAGCCAUUCCCUGAA